CGACCAACUCCCACAAAAAGCCGUAUUCCUCUCAAUUGCCCAACCAGUAACCCUUCUCUGACGUCAUGUACAACAAUGGGCUCGUCGAUCUCCUCCACCAGGUACAAGCCCAACUCUGGGUCGACAAGCUGAACAAAGCCCACGAAAGGGGCCAGCUCUGCCCGUGGGUCUCGACCUUUCAUCCUAAGAGACUUGCCUGUAGACUCGAGGGUACCUUCCACCACGGCUCAUUCAAUGCUGGCGUGUAGAUGGUCUUCAGCGACGGCACGGCCUGGAUGGUCCGCUUCCCUCGUGUAGGGAAGGUCCACGAUGAUGAAUAUGCCGACGAGAAGGUUGCUAUAGAGGUGCGAGCCCUUAGCCUCAUCCGCAAACGGACUACCAUCCCCGUCCCAGAAAUCCAGGCGUGGGGUUCCGCUGCCGACAACUCGCUCGGUCUGGGUGCGUUUAUUAUGAUGGACUUCGUCAACGGCGUGUGCCUCAACGACCUUCUCACAGAUCCCAAUGAAGCCGAGCCCACGAGACUCUUGAGAGAGGACAUCAGCGAUGGCGAUAUAGAGGUCAUCUACAGGCAGUUUGCGAACUUUCUGCUGCAGCUGUUCAGCCUCGAUUUUGACAGCAUCGGCAGCCUGCCGUCGCCAGAGGCUGAACCUGAAAGCCCCAUGCCGAAGCGCCCACUGACAUACAAGGCACAUGACAUUCUACAUAAUGGAGGAGUUGAUGUUUUUGGUGACCGACGCCAAGGGUUCGCGACGACGACAGAGUACUUUCAGUACCUCCUAGGACAGGACUUCGGGCAGCUCACUCACCAGCCAAACUCGAUUUACGGUCCUCAUGACGCCAGAAGCAGGUACCUGGCGUUCGAAGUUCUGAAAUCGCUACUGCCCGACCUCAUCAACAAGAAGUAUGACGGUGGGAAGUUCAAACUGAUUUGCGACGACCUCGGCCUGGCAAAUCUAAUUGUCCGAAGCAAAGAAGACCUUAAUAUUGUGGGAGUGGUAGACCUCGAAUGGUCAUACGUCGGGCCCGCCCAGCUGUUCGGUUCGGCGCCGUGGUGGCUUCUCCAAGAUAGACCCAUCAAUGAAGAGUGGGAAUGGCAAGAUGGCAAGCCGCCUAAGCUCGCCAAGCGGUACUUUAAGUACCUCGAUAUCUACAAACGCGUCCUAGAGGAAGAAGAGGCGAAAAUGUCAGGGCACGAGGAGAGGGAGCUCUCUAAUCUCGUCAAGUGGUCGCAGGAAUCGGGGGCCAUGUGACUGCACAUGCUCAUCUCGGUCGGCUUCAAUGAUCAUCGUAGCUUCCCCUUCACGCAGCUGCGCCAACAUGUGGGUGAAACGAAGUGGGAGAGGCGUAAGGCCGAGUUUGGGACGCUACCAGAGGUUGAGGCCUUUGUGACGCAGAAGACGCUUAAGUUGAAGGAAUAUGAAGCAGCCAAGGACAAGUUGGAGAGCGACAAAGCGCUCGUAGACGGUGGGCAGAUGACGCGCGAGUUCCUCGCCACGUUCCGAUGCAGCCUGGCUGUUUGACAAAUUUUUCAUUUUCUAGAUAGGAACGUACCAUUUCUGCUAGGCAUGCGGCAAGCUGCCCUUUAGCAAGAAUGUGCCUAGAGGAAGUGAAGG